AAAAAAAAAAAAAAAAAAACUUUUAAAACUCAGAACUUCGUGUUCCAUAUCUCGUUCUUCUGCAAUUUCAUAAUGCCUGAAUAUACUAAAUCUAUGCAAAAGAACAGAAAAGCAUUAGUCAGUUGGGUCGUUAAGAUGUAAAUUUAUGUCUUCCUAUGAAUGAAAUAUCAUUGCACCUGCUUAUUAUUGAACCUGAAUCUGAAACUGGAAAGAUCGAAAUGACUUAUCUAUCAUUAUACCGAGAUCUACAUGAACGAGAUGAAGCAGAGGCUACAGGAAAACAGGAUGAAUAUAAAGACACCUUUGACAGCGCUGGUAUUGAAAUGGAUAAGGAUAUAUUGAGAUUAGUUAAUAUUGCAUGUAAGUCAGAGAGACAUUCUAGAGCUCUCGACUUGGUGAACUCUCUUCGUUUAUUCGAAUCAGCGGAUAAAGCUAUCCGUGUUGCUUCUUUUCACCAUCUGUCCAGCUUAACCAAUAGUAUGAUGGGGAUUAAAGAGCUUAAAUUUAUGGCUAAUACACGUAUUUUGCAAGUCAACCAAGGCAUUCUUUAUGUAUCUAGUGUGCCAUCAUUAGAAAACAGUCUUUCUCUUUUAGAAAAAGAUGAUAGAAGCAUCUUUGAUGAAACGGAGGAUGAGUCUAUGGAUUCUCAUAAGGACAACUUACAAAGAAUAAAAAACCAAGAUCCUUUCAAUUUUCACAAAUUCAUCCGUGUCGUCGAUUAA